AUCUCCGUUACUCGCUGACAUGCAAGUCUAAUUAGCGCAGGACGUUUUGCGUUAGUUUGGCCACGCCUACGUACGUGGCGUCAUCGCGUUGGUGCCGUAGCUCGUCAUGUUGCCGUCGGCUGGUUACUUCAGGGGUGUUAUGUGUCCGUUCUUUGCCCACGCUCUCUGUCACCGACCUUAUUGCCAUUUCAAGCACGUCGCACCUUCAGAAACGACAGGCUCGAGGCAAUUUAACAAACAGGCGCAUAGCGAUGUUGCAAAGCGGCUCGAGGAUUUCUCAGUAGUAAACGUGUCAAGAAGUGAAACUAAAGAGUUGCCGACACAGAAAGGCAAUCUUGUAGCAAAUACAUUGACAUUGAAAGACAGAAACAACAAAACAAGUAGAUCUAUUCCUGAGAGCGAUGCAGGCACGCAUUCAGAUUCUCCAUCAAGUGCUGCUUUAAAUGCAGAAACGGGUAUGCCUGCUACUAAUGCAAUGCAGCAAUCACAACCAGCUACUGAUUGCAGUCGAAUUUUACACAAAGACUUGCUUGAAGACACAAAACAUCAAACAAUUGAUAAUACACAUAAGUUGGUGCAUUCAGAGCCACCAACUACUACAUCGAGUCGACUUGCUGUAAUAGAAGCUGAUCAACACGUUUGUAGUGCAAACGAAAAAAUGUCAUCACAUGUGAAGUCUGAACACAAUGCGACAAGCCACGAAGACUACUUUGAUGAUAUUGGCUCCGCUGUUGAUAAAGUGCUGAAUGCGUAUUCAGUACCUGUGGUAGAUAAAGUGAAGGGUUCCAAUUGCAGUAUGACAUCAUCGACAUUAGUGUCUAGUACAUGUAUGAAUACCACGGAUGAACAUGCCAAUGAACAAAGGCAGUUGCAGUUGAACACAUCAACAAAGAGAUAUAGUGGGAUUGGUGGUGUACGAAUCAAGAAGCGGAUGGCUCAUCCGGCAGCAGCUGCAGCUAAGGCUCGAGUUGACAAAGAUAUGCGAGAAGCAGCUAUUCGACAGUCUCGAUCACAUGCACCAGUUAUUGCAAGAAAGCGAGUAGCUCACACAUUGAAAAAUGUGUCUACAUCAUCAUUAUCAUCAUCAUCUGAAUCUAACGUACAAAGGCCAGUUAUAUUACUCAAAGCUGGAGGCAAAAUACCAACGAACUUGAGGCAGAAGUAUUUGGACUGUUUUGUCGACGAGUGUCUCAAGAUCUGCACGACUGAGAAAGAAGCUUAUGACAAGGCACAGCAAGAAGAGGAAGCGUUGUUUACAGCAUGUAUUAUGCGGCAAUCGUACACCAACAAGGGCUCUCUCACUCUAAAACGUCUCAGAAAUGAAGCUGCAACACAUGCCAUUCCUACUCAGCCAUCGAGCACAAUGUCUACACCAACAGCAGCACGAGCAAAGAAGCGUCUUCACUCACACAAUCCCGAAAAGGCAAAGACAGAACAGCUAAAAAGGAAGGCUAGCAACUUUUUAGAUUCAGUUACAGAGACAGAACCAGGAGCAAAGAGACCAAAGUUGGACAAGAAGGCAUCAACACCAACUGAUCCAAUUAAUGCUGUCGACGCAGUUAGCAGACUGUAUCAGCUUCUGCAGCCAUAUCUUUUGUCAGAAGAUCAGCUCAGUCAAUUCGGUUACCCUCGGCCUCAUCCUUCUAGUUCAACUGUUGCUACAAUUUCUGAAGUUGGAUUAUACAAGGUAAACCCGAUUAAGCAGCUCUCCGAUACAGAGUUGCAACAUUUAUGUUGUCGUUGUGGGAGUCGUUUUAGUAUGACACCAGAUGGACGCUACCUGACGAAAGAGAAAUGCUUGUAUCACUAUGGAAGACUACGAAAAACCAAAGAAACAGGAGAAAUCCAUACAGUCUAUUCAUGCUGUCAGGGAGAAACUCGGUCAAAGGGCUGUCAAGUGGCAGAGUGUCAUGUUACCAGUGGUGAACAGGACACGAUAAGAGGUGGAUUUGUUACUACAACGCAACACAGAGAUACCGACUCGUCUGCUGACUGCCCAGGCAUCUAUGCUCUCGACUGUGAGAUGUGUUAUACUGCUGCUGGGCUGGAGUUGACACGUGUCACGGUCGUCGACCAUGCAAUGAACAAGACAUACGAUUCAUUGGUUAGACCCGAGUUGCCAAUAGUAGACUACAAUUCAAGAUUCAGUGGCAUUACAGCAACCAUGCUUGAUGGUGUUACCACACGUCUCGAAGAUAUCCAGCAACAUCUGCUCACCGUUUUCUCUGCCGACACUAUUCUUAUCGGCCACAGUUUAAACUCGGAUCUAUUGGCUCUCAAGAUUAUCCACAGUAAGGUGAUAGACACAAGCAUCGUCUUUCCGCAUCGUUUAGGCCUGCCCUACAGACGAGCAUUGAGAACUCUGGCGGCAGAAAUUCUACAGAAAAUAAUACAAGAACAUGUGCAAGGUCAUGACAGUUUUGAGGACUCGGCGAUUUGCAUGGAGCUGAUGAUUUGGAAAGCCAAGAAAGACUUUGCGAAGCAGACACGAAAACGAACCACUAAAGUCAAGUAAUUGAGGUUUAUUUUCAGUUGAGGUUUUG